UCAAACUUUGAUUGUAUCAUUUGAACAAUAUUGGAACUGGUUUCAUCCUGAUGCUUUUAAUCAAAUCACAAUCAAUAUCUUUGUUUUUCUCAUCAUUCAAAUCAAUUUAAUUUUAUCAAUUCUCCAAGGAAAUAAUCUAGUUUCUUAUUCACUUAUAUUUGCCCACUUCAAGAUCUCAAUCAAAUUGAUUUAUAUCAAAUAACCUUCAGUUUACGACAAAUAUUAAUAAUUUUUUGUUCUUUUUUCGCAAAAAAAUCGUCCAUCGAUUAACAAUUAAAAAUGACCGAAACUGUUUUAGUUAUUGGAAAUGGAUCAAGGGAACAUGUUCUGGCUUGGAAAUUGUCCCAAUCUCCAAAAGUUUCAAGAGUCUUCGUGUGCCCUGGAAACGGAGGAACAACAAACAACAAAAAUCAAAGCAAAAUUUCAAAUCUUCUUCUCGAUUUGAAAGAUUUAACCACAGUUAAGGAUUGGUGUUUAAAAGAAAAACCUUCAUUGGUUUUAAUUGGUCCUGAAGAUCCUCUGCAUCGCGGAUUAACCGAUUUACUAGCAUCACAUGGAAUUUGUUGCUUUGGUCCAACACAAUCAGCAUCUCAAAUCGAAUGUGACAAAUCUUAUGCCAAAGAGUUUAUGGUUCGUCAUUCGAUCCCCACCGCUCGACACAAAGUUUUUGUUUCCUCUGGUGAAGCCAAAAAAUGGGUCACCGAAUGUCCAACUCAUUUGAAGCCCUGGGUUGUUAAGGCUUCGGGUCUCGCUGCUGGUAAAGGCGUUUUGAUUGGUACUAGUAAAGAGGAAACUUGUAGAUUCAUUGAGCAAAUUUUGGACGAUAAAAUCUUUGGUGAUGCAGGAACAAUCGUUGUCGAGGAUUUCAUGGAAGGAGAUGAAGUCUCCGUUUUGGCGUUUUCUGAUGGAACUAAUGUCAGUAUCAUGCCACCAGCUCAAGAUCAUAAGAGAGCUUAUGAUGGAGAUCGUGGUCCAAAUACUGGAGGAAUGGGAGCUUUCUGUCCCUACCCAUGUUCAUCAAAACAAAUUGAUGAAAUAGCUUCGAUUAUUCAAAAGUCUAUUGAUGGACUAAGAAACGAUGGACGAAAGUUUAUCGGCGUUUUAUUUACCGGUUUCAUGUUAACUUCCGAUGGACCAAAAGUAUUGGAGUUUAAUGCUCGCUUUGGUGACCCGGAAACUCAAUCAGUUAUUCCCCUUCUCAAAUCAGACCUCUUCGAUAUCUGUUGUGCUUGUGUCUCUGGUAAAUUAGGAACCAUUUCCGUUAACUGGGAUGAUAAAAAUUCAUAUUCUUGUGGAACUGUUAUUGCUUCCGCCGGUUAUCCUGAUAAACCCAUUACUGGUAAACAAAUAAUUGGCCUCGAAAAGUUAUCAGAUUGUAUUAUCUUUCAUGGGGGAACUAAAUGGGUUGAUGAUAAAUUGACUUCUUCCGGUGGUCGAGUUCUAACCGUUGUUGCUCUGGACAGUGACCCCCAAAAAGCCAUUAGCAAAUCUCAAAAAGGUGCAUCAUCAAUAGCAAUUGAAAAUUCAUUCUAUCGCCAUGAUAUUGGUGAAAGAGCAAUGAAAAAAUUAGGUAAUCAUGAUCAACAUCUGAGUUACCGAUCGAGUGGUGUUGAUAUUGAUGCUGGAAAUGAAUUAGUUGAUAGAAUCAAAUCAAUGGUAAAAGAAACAAAUCGACCUGGUGUAAUUGGUUCUAUCGGAGGAUUUGGUGGUCUAUUUGAUGCAUAUCCUAAUGGCCCAUUGCUUGUCGCUGGAACUGACGGAGUUGGAACCAAAUUAAGAGUCGCAAUCGAGUGUAACAUUUUGAAUACCGUUGGAAUCGAUUUGGUUGCGAUGUGUGUCAACGACAUUUUGGUUCAAGGAGCUGAACCUUUGUUUUUCCUCGAUUACUUUGCUUGUGGGAAACUCAAUGUUGACUCAGCUUCACAAGUUAUUUCCGGUGUUGUCCAGGGAUGUAAAUUGGCUGGAUGUGCUCUAAUUGGCGGAGAAACUGCUGAGAUGCCAGGAAUGUAUCAUGGGAAAGACUUUGACUUGGCUGGUUUUUCCGUUGGAGCUGUUGACCGGAAAUCAGUCUUACCCAAAUUGGAAGAGAUUUGUGAAGGUGACAUUCUAAUUGGUUUGCCUUCAUCGGGUGUUCACUCUAAUGGGUUUAGUUUGGUCCGAAAAAUACUUGACAAAAGUGGAUUAACUCCAAAUGACAAAGCUCCUUUCGACUCGAGUCAAACUUUGGGUCAAUCACUUUUGGCUCCAACUCGAAUUUACAUUAAAAAUGUUCUUCCUGCCAUUCGUUUGGGAUACAUUCUCGCAGCUUCUCAUAUAACUGGCGGAGGUUUAACUGAAAAUAUUCCUCGUGUUCUACCAGCUCAUUUAGCCGCCUUGUUAGACGCUAGUCGAUGGUCAAUGCCUCCGAUUUUCAAAUGGCUCAAAGAAUCGGGAUCGAUAUUGGAUGAGGAAAUGUUGAGAACUUUUAAUUGUGGUAUCGGCAUGAUUCUUGUAGUUAAACAAGAAAAUGUUGAUUGUACUCUUAAUCUACUCAAAAUCAACGGCGAACCAAAUGCUGCCAUAGUUGGUAAAAUCGUCAAACGUUCAAACGAAUCAGUGAUUGUUAAUAAUUUUAGUAGCUUGAUAAACUCUCCUUGCAAUGGAAUCGGUCAAAAGGCCAAGAAAAGAGUCGCUGUUUUAAUUUCUGGUUCCGGGACCAAUUUACAAGCCUUGAUUGAUUCUGCUAAAACAUCUCAAUCAAUACAAAUCGUUUUGGUUAUUUCCAACAAACCAGGAGUCACUGGACUUAAUCGAGCUGAAUUAGCUGGAAUUCCAACUGUCGUUGUCCAGAAUAAAGCUUUCAAAAAUCGAGUUGAAUUCGACAUGAAAGUCAAUCAAGUCUUAGAAUCGGCUAAUGUUGAGAUCGUUUGUCUGGCGGGUUUCAUGAGAAUAUUAUCUGAAGAAUUUGUUCGUCUUUGGAAAGGUCGAAUGCUCAACGUUCAUCCUGCUUUGUUGCCUUUGUUCAAAGGAAUGGACACUCAUUCAAGAGCUCUAGAAGCCGGUGUUCGAAUCCAUGGAUGUACCGUUCAUUUCGUCGAACCAGAAGUUGACACUGGAGCGAUUGUACUUCAAGAAGCCGUUCCAGUCCUACCAGGAGAUACUCCAACAGUCUUGCAAGAAAGAGUAAAAUUAGCCGAACAUAAAAUAUUCCCAUUGGCACUCGAAUAUCUCGCCAGUGGUCAAGUGAAAUUGAACGACAACGGAAAAGUUGAAUGGAGAAAUUAACGAAAUUUUCUCUUGAAAAUUUCUAAUGAUGAUUUUUACGAAUAUUUUUCUUUUGUUCAACAUUUAAUCUUAGUAAGAUUUCAACUCAAUCAAUAAUCAAUUGAUUUUACUAUUAAUAAAUUUAUACUUUACUCUAA